AUGUCGAACUGGUUUGGCGACUUGCAGUUGGCAUACAAGUACAUUGUUGUCUUCUUGUCACUGUUGGUCAUUACUAUCCUCGGUGGAUUCAUCAAGGUGUUGUACAACCGUCAGAAGUUGAAGAAAGCGAAGCAAACCGAGCUAGAGGCUGGACCCAAGGAGGACACUGUUGAACUGAACCAACGCGAGAAGGAUGAGGGUGAUCUGUUUGGUAUUCGCGCCAUCGAGGCCGGAUUCUACGCCGGAGUCGCUCAGUCGCGACCUACCUCAAGAGCAGGAUCUGUCAUGGGCGAUAACCCAACAAUGAGCACCAGCACCUUGGUCGGAGGGAGCGUCAACUCGCCGCUCAUGAAGGGACAGUCCAACAACAACAGCAUGCUCAGCCUGAACCUCAACGCCACCAAAGAACCCUCCACACGACGAGCUUCACCGCCUACCAUGAAGCUCCGCCCAUCUGAGGCCGAGCUCAGUGGAAGACGCAACCACAACGGCGCUGUCGACAUGUCUCUUCAAGUUCCUCCUUCGCCCGGUCACCCGCGUGGUACCACCUCUCCUGACUUUGCUGGCUCCGACAGCGACAGCGACGGUUUCACAUCUCCUCGGUCCAUGUCACCAGCCGAUUUGAACCGUCAGCAAUACGCGCCAGCUCUCAUGGUAUCGCACCACUCCGGAGAUGCGAACGCCAUCAAGUCACAGCAAGGAUCCUACCACAACUCGCCUGGUCAAUCACCAACACCGCUUUCGCCCCACAACCCACCCACAGCCAAGUUGCCAUCCAUCCCUGGCCAUGCUUUGCGGAAGGAGUCCCGCUCUCCAUCGCCCGAGUACGACUACCCUCGCGUGCAGGUCCACGAGCCGAACUCUGAACCUUCGUCACCCGCUCUCCAACCCCAACUACAGGCACGAACCUACUCGCCACACCAUGAACGAGACGGAAGCGACGCGAGCAGCAUCUACAGCAGUGGCAACCGGCUAAGCACUUUCCAAGCAUACCAAGCAUAUCAGGAGGCAGCGCAAAAGAAGGACUCGCAUACUCAGGUUUUGCAAAAGCAAAAGCCGGGCCGCUCAGCCUCUGCCGCCUCGACAGUCGAAUCCGGCCACACAUCGAUCCUUGCGUCUACUGACGACGAGGCGGAACGCCGUCCCCACUCAAGCAACCUGCUUGCACCGGGUCAACAGGGGCAGGAUGCUCGACUCAGCGAGUUUUACGAGGCAUACUACCGCAACUCGCACCUUGGCCCAGCCCAGCCUGUCGACGGCAAGACACAAUUCGCUGACCGGCAAUCCACCAUCAUGGAAGUCGAUACCCCAAUGGCGUCGCCGAUGUUCCCCCCCUCGAGCCAGCGCCCCGGCUCUGCCUUCUAG